CUGCUCCUGAGUUUGGGGGCAGGGGGGCAACUGCCUCAAGAAGUCUGUCCAGCGAUGGGAGCCUCCCGCCUGCUCCCCAACCUCAUUCUGUGUCUGCCGCUGUUGAUGCUCUGCUGUCAAACUCAGUACGUGAGAGACCAGGGCGCCAUGACUGACCAGCUGAGCAGGCGGCAGAUCCGCGAGUACCAGCUCUACAGCCGGACCAGCGGCAAGCACGUGCAGGUCACCGGUCGUCGCAUCUCCGCCACCGCUGAGGACGGCAACAAGUUUGCCAAACUCAUAGUGGAGACCGACACAUUUGGCAGCCGGGUGCGCAUCAAGGGGGCUGAGAGUGAGAGGUACAUCUGCAUGAACAAGAGAGGCAAGCUCAUCGGGAAGCCCAGCGGGAAGAGCAAAGACUGUGUGUUCACGGAGAUUGUGCUGGAGAACAACUACACGGCCUUCCAGAAUGCCAGGCACGAGGGCUGGUUCAUGGCCUUCACGCGGCAGGGGCGGCCCCGCCAGGCCUCCCGCAGCCGCCAGAACCAGCGAGAGGCUCACUUCAUCAAGCGCCUCUACCAGGGCCAGCUGCCCUUCCCCAACCACGCGGAGAGGCAGAAGCCAUUCGAGUUCGUGGGCUCGGCCCCCACCCGCCGGACCAAGCGCACUCGGCGGCCCCAGUCACUCACGUAGUCAGGGAGGCAGGGGGCAGCUGCCCCUCUGCAGCCUUCCCAUCCCCUUCCCUUCCCAAUCCAAAGCCGGGGCUGGGGUGGAGGGAGGGGAGCCAGAUCUCCCAAGGAGGACCCUAAGGACCUGGAAGAAUCAGCGCCCCAGCUGGGAAGGGGCAGGACUGCGGCCACCAAGGGCUGGCACCACACUGGAAUAGGCCCCUUCCGGGCCAGGGGGCAAACCCCCAGGAGAGGAACUGUAGUGUCGUUACCCCAUCGCCAAGGCCAGCCACGGUGCCCUGAAGCAAGCGGAAACGUCAGCAGAUUCCAGGCCUUGCAGACACCAUCAAGAGGUGUCUCCCUCGGUCUGUCCUCAGCCCCCAAACUCCUCCUGGCCAGACUGUAGGAAGGGAUUUGCGUUUUUGGUUUCAGGAAAAAGGAAAGCGGGGGUAAGAAUAGGAAGGUUGGCCAUUCCUCACAUUACACGACCCAGGCCUGCGCCCCCACCCCCGACUCCCAGUCCCGGAAUAAAACCAAUUUCCUGCAA